AGUUCAAUCACUUUCGCUAUGCGGCUUCUCUCAGUCUUGUUUUGUGCUGCUAUAUUAUGCACAGCAUUUUCUGAAAGUAAACAGGGUUCCCCAAAAGCCGUCGGACCAUGUAUCCUGAACCGCUGUCCCAGAGGAUUCGAAUGCGCUCAAGCAGAAUGUAUACCGAAUCCAAACGAAAUUGAAGAACUUGGUCCGUGCGUAAAUAACAUGUGUCCCAAAUCAUACCAAUGCAACGAUGACAUCUGUAUUCGACCAAAGCCCAAAGCCCGUGCUGGAGCUGAAUCCAUUGGACCUUGUGUUAACGAUCUAUGCCCGGAUAAUCACUUCUGCGUCGUCAGCGAGGGAAAAUGCUACCCAAUGGAUUGAAAUGGGACAAUUAUCAUUCACUGAUAUCUUACCUAACAUGAAUUAUAAAUUAUUUUUUGAUAAUAAGUCAC